GACCUGGAGGACUGAGAAGAGCGCGUCGUCUCUGUGUGGGGAGAUGAUGGCUUGAAGAUGGACAUGCUAGAGGACCUGGAGUCCCUGCAGUUUGAGUCUGGGGUUUCAGAGGAAGACCGUUCCUGGCUGUAUUUGCAGGGCCGUUCUCGUGGCCUGACAAUCGAAGCCUGUGCCCAUGCAGUCUUCUUGUGCAAACUAGUCCAUACUUUGAGAGAAACCUUAAAUGGGAAUCAAAGUAUCGGAGGCAUCACACCUGCAUCACUGAACGUGGCUGCUGAUGAACACGAAGAGCUAAAGGUGGGCAUCAUUGGAGGUGGCCAUCUCGGGAAGCAGCUGGCUCGCGCGCUGCUGCAGCUCGUCCCUCUCCCCGCUGAGAGACUGCGGAUCUCCACUCGGAGGCCAGAGGCCCUGGCUGAAUUCAAGAAACAGGGGGUCCGGUGCUCCUACCACAACACUGGUCUGGUGAGCUGGGCCAAUGUGGUGUUCCUCUGCUGCCUGCCAUCUCAGCUGCCUAACAUCUGCAUAGAGAUUCAAAACAGCCUUGACAAGUCCUGCAUUGUGCUCAGCUUUGUGGCUGCUGUCCCACUACCCAGAUUGAAGUUACUGCUGAACAAGACCAGUAUCUUGAGGCCUCAGUAUCAAUAUCAUCAUCCUAAAGAUUCUGUGAGAAUCUGGGGCUCCCAUAAGGAAAUCAUAGCUGCACUCCAAGAUCCUGAGAUUCUUCAGGCUACUUGCCCCUACAGUCUUUCUGGGGGAAUUAGCCUCAAUAUCAAAUGGUUGGAGGGAGUGUUCUAUGCAGCCCUAAACAUCUGCACAGAGAAAAGCGUGGCCCACUCAAAAACAAUGCUACUUAUGAAUGAACUAUUUUUGUCUGCGCACUAUGAAGAAUGUGGGAAAGACACAAGAUCUUGCCCCAAGUUUCAGUUAACAGACGUUGUCAACAAAGACUAUGUCAAGAACUUGUCUGGGAAUAGGCCUUUCCCCUGGUUUGAGCUGACUACUGUGCAGCUCCGGGAAACUCCCUUUAGCCUGUGUGUCUCCUCCAGUGCUGCCAUCCAGGACCACCUUACUCAGCUGUACUGUAACUCACUUGGCAUCUUGUCAACCAAAGACCAGCCAACGGCUUCCACAGACUUCCCAGCCCAGUAAGAGAUACCAGGAAGCAAAACUGUUUCCCCUUAAGAGAAUGAAGAUCUAGACAACACCGAGACCACUACUCCAUUGGCCUCUGUCUCUGACCCGGAGCCCCAUUCCACUCCUGACAGGUAGGGACAAACGGCUGCUUUGAUAAAACGUUCGAGAUGAGGAACUGGCAAAGGAGGCAGGCUGCAGCUCCAGGGGAGGGGCAGGUUGAAGUAAGGAGGGUGAGUAGUUUUGUCACUAAUGAGCCUGUAAGUGUGUGUAUGGGCAGUGUCGGAUCUAUUUCAAAUUGUAGGUUGUGUUUGUUUAGUUUUGGUUUUACUUUUGAGAAUAAAACUGUAAUGUGUAGUCCCUGGAAGAUCACUUAGAGUGGAUCCCAAAUGCGUUGCAGGUGAAUGGCUGUUUCGUGUUUAACACAUAACCACAGGGACACACUCAUACUCAUGAACAAUUUGAGACAGUUAUUUAUUAUGAGAUUGUCAGAUCAAACUAUAAUCAUGACCUCUGGAUUGUCAUUGUUAAUUUACUUCUCUGUCCAUCUCAUGUGCCUACCAUCAUUAGCAUCUUGGAGCAGGAAGAGUUAUACUGAACCCUAGAAUGAGUGGAAAGCAGUGAAACAUUAAAG